AUGAAGAGCAUUCUCCUCGUGGUCCUUUCUCUGUGCUGUUCAGUGCUUUCACUACCGCCCUUCAGUCAUCCUUCUGGGUGGUCAUUCCUUGCAUCUCCUCGCUGGACGGAUGGUGUCCCAUCUCCCACCAACUUGACUGGGCCUCAGGUUCAACUAGCUCAAGGUCUCCUUACAGGUCUCAGUGUGCCUCAAUUUGGUCAGGAUUAUUUUUUGGGCAUUCCCUAUGCUCAGCCGCCAUUGGGCGAGCUGAGGUUUGCGAAGCCCCAACCGUUGACGGUGAAUGCAAGUGAAACGAUAGAUGCCACCAAGUUCGGGAACGCAUGUUUGCAACCGAUUCGCCCAGGCACCCUGGACAUAACAGUCUCUGACUUAUCUGAAGAUUGUCUCUUUAUCAACGUUUUCCGUCCCUCGAACCUGCCCCGUAGUGCGAAUCUUCCCGUCAUGGUUUGGAUUUAUGGAGGAAGCUUUACUACGGGUGCGUCGCAAACCUUCAAUGGCACAGAGAUCGUCAGGCAGAGCGUUUUUCUGAACGAAUCUGUCAUCUUCGUCUCCUUCAAUUACCGUCUAAAUGCCUUUGGUUUCCUUGGCUCUCCUGAACUGGCCGAUCCUACCACUGGAACGCUCAACGCCGGUUUAUACGAUAUGAUCGGUGCAUUAAAAUGGGUGCAAGAGAAUAUUGGUGCUUUCGGAGGAAAUAAGGACCGGGUGACAGUGUUCGGUGAGUCGGCAGGUGCGAUGGGGAUUGGUUCUCUCCUUGUCGCUGGAGGCGGACAGUACGCAAAACAGCACAAUUUAUUCCAUGGUGCUAUCAUGGAGAGCGGAUUUCCAGCAGGUAUCCCAGCUCCCAUUGUAUCCGAUCUUCUACCCUGGACAAGUAUCUUUGUUGCAGCGGCAGGUUGCCCCCCCUCCAAUUCCUCUAUCAUAUCAUGUCUUCGUUCGAAAUCCUCUGAAGCGCUUUACCGAGCUUCACUAGUGACGUUAAAUGCGACCCACUCCGCGUUUCCUUUCAACAGGGUGGUGGAUGGAUUUUUCUUUAAGGAGGGAGGUGCGGCCGAAGAAGUAAGAAGGGGUAAUGUAGCAACUGUGCCAGUCAUCACGGGGUGUAACCUCGACGAAGGGACGCAAUUUAUACCCCACACGUUCAACACUUCGGACGAAAUGAAACUUACUUCCGUUUGUCUUGUUGCGGCAGAAUUACUUUAUGUCGGAAACCUUAGUUUAGCGACCCCAGAACAAACGAAAUUGUUCAACGUUCUUCUAGACUUAUACCCAGAUAUCCCCGCACUUGGAAGUCCCUAUAAUCCGAUCAGGGUAAGUAAAAAUGAUCGGUUCUUUGGGCCGCACAAUCAAUACAAGAGGGCUGCAAGCGUGUUCGGGGAUUCUGUCUUCCACAGUGGUCGACGCGCAUUGCUGGACGCUUAUGUCAAGCGCAAUGCGAAUUAUCCGGCAUGGUCAUAUCAUUAUACCCAAGUGGCUCCAGGUGCGCCACCAUAUUUGGGUGUUUAUCACGGAAGUGAGGUUCCAUCUGUAUUCGGCCUGUAUGCUGUCCAGAACAGGACCACGGUUCUGGGCACAACUUCGUUAUACAUGGUCAGCGCCUGGGUCGCCUUUGCGAACUCCUUCCAACCUAACCGCCCAUACUUGCCCAAAUGGCCCCAGUACGGAAGGCAACGCCACAUGUUGCACAUCGGAAAUGGGGACUUCAACGUGAUUACCGAUGAUUUCCGGAAGAAGGGAAUAGAAUUCUUGCGGAGUAAGGACUUUACAGACACCUUUAACCUUUAAAAUGUUUCAAUUGCCCUUCCCCGAUGGUCUAAGACUGGAUGUAUGGGACGUAUGUUGAAGGCCGAAAUGUUGGUGUACGAAUGUGGCCUAAUGGGACUAUCGGUGCUAUUAGGCUUUGCGGGGCAAGGCUUGCCUAACUCCCAAUAGGGAUUUCCUUGUUGGGUUUCUUCUUUUCCUCAGUUCACGUUAUUGGAACGGACUCGUGCUUGUAUCUGGCGCCUGGUGGUUGCGUUGCUGAUGAAUUUAACGUUGUUGGGGUUAAGCACCUUUACGCUGGAUUCGUAGAUUCCUAUUUAGUAUUAUGUAGUGUACGUGUUCGGACGCUGACGCAUAAAUAGAUGUAGUGAAUAAUUGGC